GCUGUGUCAGCCGCAGUUAGUAAUUGAACGUUUUAUUACAGUAGAAUUACAAUAGAAGUGGUGGUUAUAUGUACGAUUUUUUUUUGACAAAGUAUUAAAAUUGCGUGAGAGUUAAAAUGCCUACCGAAUAUAAACGCAAAGGUAGUGUUUGUCGAGGGGAAUGGUCAGAACAAGAUUUACAACAAGCUAUAGAGUCUGUACAAGAAGGUAGAGUAGGUGUUCGAGAAGCCGUUCGUUCCUUUGGUGUGCCAUACACAACACUUCGACGACGCUUGAGAAGUGGCAAUCAUAGAAAGCUUCCGUUGGGACCAUUAUCUACUUUAGGACAAGAAAACGAAGUUAAAUUGGUCAAUCAUAUUAAAAAACUUCAAAAGUUUGGAUUUUCGCCAUCACGAACAACUGUACGCUCUAUGGCAUUUGAAUUAGCCCAGAAAUUAAAUCUCCCACAUAAAUUCAAUAUUGAAAGACGUAUGGCAGGAUAUCCAUGGCUCGAGUCAUUUUUAAGGCGCAAUAAGGAUCUAGCAGUGAGAAAAUCCGAAGCAAGAAUCUACAAUGUAGAUGAGACAGGUCUACAAAUUAACAACAAACCAGGCUUUGUUAUUGCUCAGAGAGGUUCAAAAAACGUAUCGGCAGUGACAUCAGCAGAAAAAGGCGAAACAAUCUCCGUAAUAACAUCUUGCAAUGCGGAGGGGUCAUUUAUACCACCAACGUGCAUCUUUAAGGGUAAGAAUCAGAAACCAGAGUUUGCCGAUGGUAUGCCACCAGGCUCCUUAGUAUUCAUGUCUGAGAAAUCAGCUUAUCUUGAAGGUGUUCUGGAACUAAUAAUCCUACAAACUAAGAAACUAAUGCAAGUUGUACAACCAGUGACUGUACAUUUAAUGAGAUUGUAA